CUUCCCCUUCAUCCGUUUUUGCUUUCAAUGUUUUUUCACCUUUUUCUCUUCUUUCUCUGUAUCUCUAUAUGCUUAUGCUCAUGCUGAAAACCUGGCAGAAAAAAAUGUUGAAUUUCUGGUUCCAAAGCCAUUUGCUGUGAUAACAGAACAACACUUGUCAAUUUUUACAUGGGAAAAACCAUUGAAUUUUGCUCCCUCUGAUGUCACUGUGUUGCAUCAUUAUCAACUUUGAGUUACUACUAUCUUGAUCAAGUUCCCUGCAUCACUUCAGGAUUUUCCGGGGUUUCGUCAACUGGGUUUGUCUGUUAGUGAAGUUUCGUGGAAAUUUCUCACCCCAUGGCAGAGGUUGAAGACAGAGAAGAGGGUCGUCACAUUUCUCCUCCUCCAACAACAGCAGCCCAAAUGAGUGGUUUCCCGAGAGAUCUGUUGAAGAGUUUCAUGGCGGCGACGAACAAUCACCUCCAGAAGCAGAAAAUGAAUUUGCCGGGGAUGAAGGUGGAGGCGGAGCAACGUGAUGCAGGGGAGAAGGAAGGAGCAGAGGAGGAGGAGUUAGAGCUGAGUCUUGGCCUUUCGAUGAAUGGUCGAUUUGGGGUGGACCCGAAUGCGGCCAAGAAGAUCAAGAGAACGACGUCGAAACCGGAGUUUGUGAACCAGGCGAGGAAUGAGGAGAUGGGGUAUGCGGUGGCGCCGGUGUCGGCUUAUGGCGGCGGUGGUAGCAGUGGAAGCGGAUAUGUCGGCGGUGGUGCUGGUGGUGGUGGUCAUCUGAUCAGGACGUGUUCCCUUCCGACGGAGACAGAGGAAGAGUGGAGGAAGAGGAAGGAGUUGCAGACGCUGAGGAGAAUGGAGGCGAGGAGGAAGCGCUCGGAAAAGCAGCAGAGGAAUUCGAGGAGGAAUCAUCGUGGGUUGUCUGAAGAGGUUGCUGCUGGUUCGGAUGGGGGGAGCAAUAAUCUGGUGGAGCAAGGUGCAGGGGCUGGGGGUUUGAGCAGAACGGUGUCGUUGACCACUCGUGUUGGUGGACUUGGUUUGAAUGACAAGGAGAAGGGGAAUGUGUUGCUUCUACCUCCAUCGCCGCCUUCGAUUGGUUCUUCUUCUCAUGGAACAGGGUCUUCAGGGACAUCAGAAUCUGAGUCUCAACAUGGUCAAGGACCAACCCCAAUGGACACUACAAGCCCAACUGGUGACAACAUGUUGCAAAAUGGUGAACUGAAAUCACCAGCCACCUCAGGAGCCAGAGUUGCUGAAAACUCGGGCAAGAUCGCUGCGGUGACAAUGAGAACUCAGGCUAACGGACAUCCACCUCUUCAAAACAGAAACAAAGACACUGUGAAGAACAUGUUGGAGGACAUGCCCAGUGUAUCCACCAAAGGAGUAGGCCCUAACGGGAAGAAAAUAGAAGGGUUUCUCUACCGGUACUCCAAAGGCGAGGAAGUGAAGAUCUUGUGCGUCUGCCAUGGCCUUUUCAUGACCCCAGCCGAGUUUGUUAAACAUGCCGGUGGCGAGGAUGUAGCCAACCCCUUGAAGCACAUUGUUGUUAGUCCAAGCUUUUUGUAACUUGGGUGUGAGGCUGAAGAGAAAACCAGUGAUGAGUGAUCAAAAUUUAACUUCAUUAAAUUUGCUCACCUUUAAUACUCUCUAGUUUCCUGAUUUGCAUGUGAUGUAGGAGUUUGGUAGUCCUUUGAAAUCAUAGAUAUUGUUAUGGAUCUGAUUUCUUUCUUAUUUGGGUAUUCCUACCCUUUGCGACUUUAGGUCCCUUUUAUGAGGGGACAAGGGUACUUGAUAGAAAUUGUAAGAUUUCUAUUAGUUUCUGUUAAUCAAUCAUGUAGCUCAGAUUGAAUUGUAUA